AUGGGCGAUGACCCCACGGCCACUCACAGGGAUCAGAUCGUCAGCGCCACCGUCUACUUCGACAAGCUGCAGUCGGGGGAGGCGGCGCAGCUGCUGCAGAGCCUGGGCCAGCACACGCUGGGGCUGCGGCUGCAGCGCCGCGGCGACCGCUCGCCGCAGGCGGCCGCCGCGCCCGGCAGCCCCGAGGUCGUGCUGAGCGGCGAUGAUGAGGAGUACCAGCGCAUCUACACCACCAAGAUCAAGCCGCGGCUCAGGUCCGAGGAGGGGCCGGAGGCCGAGGCCGGCGGGACGCAGAGCAGGACCAUCACGGUCACCCGCAGGGUCACCGCCUACACCGUGGACGUCACCAGCCACGACGGCGACCUCGCCGUCAUCGGCGGCCCCGAUUUCAACGUCUGCAUCCCCGCGCCGGAGUUCGGCACGACGUCCGGCGCCGGGGUCCGAGCGGGGCUGGGGGACCCGCCCGGGACACCUGAGGGGCUUCACCUGCAGCCCCAGAGCCAAAUUCCUGGUGGAGAAACUGGAAAAUCCCUCCCGGGCUGGAAGGGCUUCCCGGGGUCGCCCCGCGUCGAGGCCAACGGACAGUUUGGAGAGCUGGACGGGUCGUUCCACGCCGCGGGGCUGGACGGGCAGGGCCACGUGUCCGGCGGGGCUCCGUGCCCGCAGGGGGAGGUCAGCGGCUCCUCGCCACCCGUGGACGUGGGGACGAUCAAGAUCCCGACGUUAAAAAUCCCCAAAUUCGGGUUCCAGGCCGGCGGCGAAGCCGCGGCGCCGCAGGUGGAUGCGGCGGCCAAAGGCGCCGCCGAGGUCCGCUCCCCUCCGCCGGACGUCGCCGGCGUGGAGGCCCCGGACGGCGCCAAGGGGAAAAUCCAAAUCCCGCACUUGACCUUCCCCAAAUUCGCCGCCCAGGCCGACGGCGCCGCCGCGGACGUCCCCAAGGGCGUGGCCGUCCCCGAGGCGGGCCUGGAGGGAGAAUGGAAGGGUCCGGCCUUCAAGAAGGUGGAAACGCCCCAAAUUUCGCUGUCGGACGUGAACCUGAACCUGAAGGGCCCCAGAGGGGAAGGGGACCUCAAAGGACUCUGCCCCAGGGUGGACGCCAAGGGCCCCGAGGUGGACGUGGCCGGGCCGGGCCGUGGCCUGAAGGGCGUGGAGGUGGACGUUGGCCUGAAGGGGCUGAAGGGAGGAGUGGACGCGUCCGUGCCGAGCGUGGGGGGCGAAUUCAGGGGGCCCCAGCUGGACCUUAAAGGGCCCCAGAUCGGGGUGGAGGUGCCCGGAGUGGACGUCAAAGGCCCCGCGGUGAAGAUGCCCGAGAUGAGCGUCAAGACCCCCCAAGUCUCCGACGUCGGCCUGAGCCUCAAAGGGCCCGGAGCGAAGGGACAUCUGGAUGUUUCCGCCCCAAAACUGGAAGGGGAGCUGAAGACCCCCGGAGUGGACAUCAGAGGCCCCGAAGUCGAGGUUGGGAGCCCAGAAAUGGAGAUCCAGGGGCCCGAGGGCAAGCUGAAGUUCCCCAAGCUGAAAAUGCCCAAAUUUGGGGUGAAGGGAGAGACCCCCAGCGUCGACGUGACCCUUCCCAAAGCGGGGGUGGAGGUCUCCGUCCCCAAGGUGGACAUCAGCGUCCCAAGCGUGGACAUCAAGGGCCCCAAGGUGGACGUUGACGCACCUGAAGUGGACGUUCACGGCCCCGAGGGAAAAUUCAAGAUGCCCAAAUUCAAAAUGCCCAAAUUUGGGAUGCCCGGGGUCAAAGCAGAAGGUCCCGAGGUGGACGUGAACCUCCCGAAGGGCGGCGUGGAGGUGUGCGGCCCCAAGGUGGACGUUGAGGCACCGAGUUUGGGCAUCCAGGGGCCUGAAAUGCACCUCAAAGCCCCCAAAAUCUCCGUGCCGGACGUCGACCUGACCCUCAACGGUGCCAAGGCCAGCGGCGACCUGGACGUGUCCGUGCCGGGUUUGAAGGGCCCCGAAGUGGACAUCAAAGGCCCCAAGGUGGAGGUUGAAGCCCCAGAUUUGGACGUCCAAGGCCCCGAGGGCAAGCUGAAGUUCCCCAAGCUGAAAAUGCCCAAGUUUGGGGUGAAGGGAGAGAGCCCCGAGCUCGAGGUGGCCCUUCCCAAGGGCAGCGUGGACGUUUCGGGUCCCGGCGUCGCCGUCGAGGUCCCGAGCGUGGACAUCAAGGGCCCCAAGGUGAAGGUGCCCGAGGUGGGCAUCAAAACCCCCCAGAUCUCCAUGCCUGACAUCGACCUGAACCUCAAAGGGCCCAAAGUCAAGGCGGAUUUGGACGUUUCCACCCCAAAACUGGAAGGGGAGCUGAAAACCCCCGGAGUGGAGAUCAAAGGCCCCAAGGUGGAGGUUGAAGCCCCAGAUUUGGACGUCCAAGGCCCCGAGGGCAAGCUGAAGUUCCCCAAGCUGAAAAUGCCCAAAUUUGGGGUGAAGGGAGAGAGCCCCGAGCUGGAGGUGACGCUCCCGAAGGGGGAGGUGGACAUUUCCACCCCCAAGGUGGACAUGGACGUCCCCAGCGUGGACCUGGAAGGGCCGGAGGUCAAAGGGAAAGGCCUGAAGUUCAAAAUGCCCGACCUCAACGUUCAGAGCCCAAAACUCUCCAUGCCGGACGUGGAUCUGGGCUUGAAGGCCCCAAAACUGAAAGGGGACGCCGGAAUUUCCGGGCUGAAGGGCCCGAAAAUCGAUGUGAAAGGCCCCAAAGUGGACGUGGAAGGUGCCAAAAUGGACGUGAAAGGUCCCAAGUUGGAUGUGGAAGGUCCCAAGUUGGAUGUGGAAGGUCCCAAGUUGGAUGUUGAGGUGCCCGAGGUGGACUUGGAAGGUCCAGAAGGGAAGAUGAAAGGCCCCAAAUUCAAGAUGCCGAAACUGAACAUCAAAUCCCCCAAAAUCUCGAUGCCGGACGUGGAUUUGAACCUGAAGGGACACAAAGUGAAGGGGGAGGUGGGCGUGUCCCUCCCCAAGGCCGAGGGUGACAUCAAGGGGCCCAAGGUGGACGUGGAGGUCCCCGAUGUCCACCUGGAGGGUCCAGAGGCCAAAGUGAAAAUGCCCAAAAUGAAAUUGCCUCAUUUCAACGUGUCCGGCCCCAAGCUGGAGGGGCCCGAGGUGGACGUGAGCCUGCCCAAAGGAGAGGUGGACAUUGAGGGGCCGGAGGUGGACAUUGAGGGGCCGGAGGUGGACGUCGGAGGAGCGGAAGGGAAAUGGAAAGGUCCCAAAUUCCGGAUGCCGAAGCUGAACCUCAAAUCCCACAAAAUCUCCAUGCCCGACGUGGACCUGAACCUGAAGGGACCCAAAGUGAAGGGAGAGGUGGACGUGUCCCUCCCCAAGGUGGAAGGGGAAUUGAAAGCUCCAGAAGUGGAUGUUAAAGGGCCGAAAGUGGACGUGGAGGUGCCGAGCGUGGAUUUGGAAGGGCCCGAGGGGAAGAUCAAAGGCCCCAAGUUCAAGAUGCCCGAGAUGCACAUCAAGACCCAGAAGAUCUCCAUGCCUGACGUGGACAUCAACCUCAAAGGCCCCAAGGUCAAGGGUGACGUGGACGUGUCCCUUCCAAAGCUGGAGGGUGAUCUCAAGGGGCCUGAGCUGGACAUCAAAGGCCCCAAGGUGGACGUUGAUGUGCCAGACGAUGUCUCCGUCCCCAAAUUGGAGGGCGACCUGAAAGGUCCGGAUGUGAACAUUAAAGGUCCAAAGGUGGAUGUGGACGUUCCUGACGUGGACGUUGAAGGUCCCGAGGGGAAGUGGAAGGGACCCAAGAUCAAGAUGCCGGAGAUGAACAUCAAGGCGCCGAAAUUUUCUCUGCCUGAUGUUGACCUGAACCUGAAAGGUCCCAAAGUGAAGGGAGAAGUGGACGUGUCUGCCCCAAAAGUAGAAGGUGACGUGAAAGUGCCGGAUCUGGAGUUGAAAGGACCCAAAGUGGACGUGGAUGUCCCUGACAUCGAACUGGAGGGCCCUGAGGGGAAGAUCAAAGGUCCCAAGUUCAAGAUGCCUGAGAUGCACUUCAAGGCCCCCAAGAUCUCCAUGCCCGACUUUGACCUGAACCUCAAAGGCCCCAAAGUGAAGGGAGACGUGGACGUGUCCGUCCCAAAAAUUGAGGGAGAUUUGAAAGCCCCAGAUGUUGACAUCAAAGGCCCCAAAGUCGAUGUGGACCUCCCCGACGUCGAGCUGGAGUGUCCCGAAGCGAAGCUGAAGGGCCCCAAGUUCAAGAUGCCCGAGAUGCACUUCAAAACCCCCAAAAUCUCCAUGCCCGACAUCGACCUCAACCUGAAAGGCCCAAAACUGAAGGGGGACGUGGACAUUUCCACCCCCAAACUGGAAGGUGACGUGAAGGGCCCAGACGUGGAUAUCAAAGGUCCCAAGGUGGACAUUGAAGCUCCUGAUGUGGACAUCGAUCUCCCAGAGGGGAAGGUGAAGGGCCCCAAGUUCAAGAUGCCCGAGAUGCACUUCAAAGCCCCCAAGAUCUCCAUGCCCGACUUUGAUCUCAACCUGAAGGGCCCCAAGGUCAAAGGUGACGUCGAUGUGUCCGUGCCAAAGCUCGAAGGGGACGUGAAAGGGCCGGAGGUGUCACUGAAAGGUCCAAAAGUGGACGUGGAGGUUCCCGACGUGGAGCUGGAGUGUCCCGAGGGGAAGAUCAAAGGUCCCAAGUUCAAGAUGCCCGAGAUGCACUUCAAGGCUCCCAAGAUCUCCAUGCCCGACUUUGAUCUCCACCUGAAGGGCCCCAAGGUCAAGGGGGACGUUGAUGUCUCUGCUCCAAAGCUGGAAGGGGACCUGAAAGGGCCUGAACUGGACAUCAAAGGCCCCAAAGUUGAUGUCGACCUUCCCGACGUUGACCUCGAGUGUCCUGAGGGGAAACUGAAGGGCCCCAAGUUCAAGAUGCCCGAGAUGCACUUCAAAGCCCCCAAGAUCUCCAUGCCCGACAUCGACCUCAACCUGAAGGGCCCCAAAGUGAAGGGCGACGUCGAUGUCUCUGCUCCAAAGCUUGAGGGAGACCUGAAAGCCCCAGACAUUGACAUCAAAGCUCCCAAGGUCAAUGUGGACCUCCCCGACGUCGAGCUGGAGUGUCCCGAGGGGAAGAUCAAAGGUCCCAAGUUCAAGAUGCCCGAGAUGCACAUCAAGGCCCCCAAGAUCUCCAUGCCCGACUUCGAUCUGAACCUGAAGGGCCCCAAGGUCAAGGGGGACGUCGAUGUCUCCGUCCCCAAGCUGGAAGGGGACCUGAAGGGGCCUGACCUGGACAUCAAACUGGAAGGGGACCUGAAGGGGCCUGACCUGGACAUCAAAGGCCCCAAAGUGGAUAUUGAGGCACCCGAUGUGGACGUUCAUGGCCCAGAAGGGAAAAUUAAAAUGCCCAAGUUCAAGAUGCCCAAAUUCGGCUUUUCUGGCCCAAAAGUGGAAGGCCCCGAGGUGGACGUGAACCUCCCCGAGGCCGAGGUCAACAUUUCGGGUCCGAAGGUGGACGUUUCUGUCCCUGAGCUGGACAUUGAAGGCCCCGAAGGGAAACUGAAGGGCCCCAAGUUCAAGAAGCCGGAGCUGCAGUUCAACGUCCCCAAGAUCUCCAUGCCCGACAUCGACCUCAACCUGAAAGGCCCCAAACUCAAAGGUGACCUCGACGCUUCUCUUCCCAAGGUCGAGGGUGAGCUGAAAGGCCCCAAGCUGGACAUCAAAGGGCCAGAGCUUGAGCUGGAGGGGCCAAAGGUUGACCUGGAUGGAAAAGCUAAAAAAUCCAGGUUUAAACUUCCCAAGUUUGGCUUUUCUGGCCCAAAAGUUCAAAGCCCCGAGGUGGACGUGAAGCUUAAAAAGCCUGAGGUUGAACUGUCCGGCCCGAAGGUCGAGGUCCAAGCUCCGGAUUUGGAUCUCCAGGGAAAAUCCAAAGGCUCCAAAUUCAGAAUGCCUUUUCUGAACAUUUCUUCACCCAAAGUCUCGAUGCCGGACGUGGAGCUGAACCUGAAGGGGCACAAAAUGAAGGGGGAGCUUGACCUGUCCACUCCCAAAUUGGAAGGGGAGCUGAAAGGACCUGAGGUGGACAUCAAGGGCCCCAAGGUCAACAUCGAGGCCCCCGAUGUGGACGUUCACGGCCCGGAGGGGAAACUCAAGAUGCCCAAGUUUAAAAUGCCCAAAUUUGGUGUUCCUGGGUUUAAAGGGGAGGGGCCAGAGGUGGACGUGAACCUGCCAACAGGAGAACUGGACGUGUCCGGGCCCAAAGUGGACAUUGAGGGUCCAGAACUGGACAUUGAGGGGCCCGAGGGGAAGAUCAAAGGUCCCAAGUUCAAGAUGCCCGAGAUGAACAUCAAGGCCCCCAAGAUCUCCAUGCCCGACAUCGACCUGAACCUGAAGGGCCCCAAGGUCAAGGGGGACGUGGACGUGUCCCUGCCCCGUGUGGACCUGAAAGGACCCAAGGUGGACGUGGAAGUUCCCGACAUCGACGUGGAAGGUCCGAAAGGAAAAAUCAAAGGCCCCAAAUUUAAAAUGCCCGAGAUGAACAUCAAAGCUCCCAACCUCUCCAUGCCAGACCUGGACCUCCACCUGAAAGGUCCCAAGGUCAAAGGCGGGGUGGACGUUGAUCUGUCUGCACCAAAAAUCGAAGGGGACCUGAGCUUGCCGGACGUGGACAUCAAAGGCCCCAAAGUGGACAUUGAAGCUCCAGAGGUGGACAUUGAAGGGCCCGAGGGGAAGAUCAAAGGCCCCAAGUUCAAGAUGCCCGAGAUGCACAUCAAGGCCCCCAAGAUCUCCUUCAAGAUGCCCGAGAUGCACAUCAAGGCCCCCAAGAUCUCCAUGCCUGAUGUUGACUUCAACCUCAAGGGCCCCAAGGUCAAGGGGGACAUCGAUGUCUCCGUCCCCAAGCUGGAGGGGAACCUGCAGUGCCCAGAUGUUGACCUCAAGGGACCCAAGGUGGACAUUCAGGCGCCAGAUGUGACCUUGGAAGGGCCCAAGGUCAAGAUGCCCGAAAUUCAUGUCAAGACCCCCCAGAUCUCCAUGCCCGACAUCGACCUGAACCUGAAGGGCCUGAAGGUCAAAGGUGACGCUGACCUGCACGGCCCCAGUCUCGAGGGGGGUCUGAAGGGCCCCGAGGUGGACAUCAAAGGUCCCAAAGUCGACAUUGAGGGCCCGGCGGUCGACGUCGAUGGUCUGGAGGGAAAAGUGAAGCUGCCCAAAAUGAAAAUGCCCAAAUUUGGCUUUAAGGGCGAAGCUCCUGACGUGGACGUCAACUUGCCGAAGGCCGAGGUGGAUCUGUCUGGCCCCAAGGUUGAUCUCAGCCUGCCAGAGGUCAACGUUGAAGGUCUGGAGGGCAAAGUGAAAGGUCCUAAACUGAAAAUGCCCGAAAUGCACGUGAACGUCCCCAAAAUCUCCAUGCCUGAGAUAGAUUUGAACCUGAAAGGCCACAAAACCAAGGGCGGCUUUGACAUUUCCACCCCAAAGGUGGAAGGUCACCUGAAAGGCCCCGAGGUCGACCUCAAAGGCCCCGAAUUCGGGGUCAAAGGCCCUGAAGUCGAUGUGGAGUGUCCUGACCUGAGCGUCGAGGUCCCAGAAGCCAACAUCAAAGCUCCCAAGUUCAAAAAGUCCAAAUUUGGGUUCGGAAUGAAAAGCCCCAAGGCGGAGCUGGAUCUACCCGAGGCCGAGCUGAACGUGGAGUCCCCUGAGGCCGGGAAGGGGAAGAAGAGCAAGUUCAAGAUGCCCAAAAUCCACAUGAGCGGCCCCAAAGUGAAGGGGAAGAAGGGGGCGUUCGAGGUGAACGCGGCGGGGGCCGAGCUGGACGCGGAGCUCAACGUCGCCGGCCCUGACGCCGCCAUGAAGUCCCCCAAAGGCAAGAAACCCAUGUUUGGGAAGAUCUCCUUCCCGGACGUUGAGUUUGACCUCAAAUCGCACAAAUUCCGCGGGGAGGCCUCGGUGGGGGUCCCAAAAGUCGAGGGCGAGCUGGAGGUCAAGGGUGACCUCAAGGGCCCGAGCCUCAACGCGGGUGUUGAAGGUCCUGACGUGAGCCUGAAGAGCCCAAAGUUCAAACUGCCCGGGGUCCAGGUGGGCGCGGGGGACGCGAGAAUCGGGGGGGACCUGAAGGGGCCCGGGAUCGACGUCGCCGUCCCCUCGGCCGCCGUGCCGGACGUCGACGUCGGCGUGAAAGGACCAAAGCUGAAAGGUGAAGUCGGCCUUGCCGGAGCACAACUGGAAGGUCCCGAGGUGAACCUGGGAUGGCCCAAGGGGGGCAGAACGGGUUUGGGGCUGGAAAUGCCGGAUGCGGAGGUGAAGCUCAAAGGGCCCCAGAUCUCCAGUCCCGAGCUGGAGGGGAACCUGAAAGGACCAAAGUUAAAGGGAGAUUUGGACAUUUCGGGCUUGGCGGAAGGGCCCGGCCUCGGCCUGGACCUCGGCGGCCUCGGCGGGAAGGUGAAGCUGCCCACGGUGACGCCCCCGGCGCUGGAGGUCAAGGGCGGCGUCCCCGGCUCCGUCCAGUCCCCGGGGGCCACCCUGGACCUCCAGGGGCCCUCGCUGGACGUCUCCGGCCCGGAUUUGGAUGUCAGCGCGAAAGGACCAAAGUUGAAAGGAGACGUCGGCGUCAAAUCCCCCCAGGCGCCGGCAGACGACUCCGGCUUCGAAAUUUUGGGGGGCACCAUCAAGCUGCCGUCCCUGAAGCUGCCCCAGUUCAGCAUCUCCAGCCCCGGCGUGGACGGGGGGGACGCGGGGGUCGCUCUGGAGGGCCCCCGGGUCAAGGUGGGGCCGAAGGGCUCCGGCCUGGGGCUGGAAGGCGCCGAGGCGGAACUGAAAGGGCCGAAAUUCUGCGCGCCGGACGUCGACCUGAGGCUGAAAGGACCAAACGUGGACGUGGCCGGCGACAUCAAAGGGCCAAAGGGCCGCGAGGUCGGGGUGGACGUCGACUUCCCCGGCGCCGACGCGGCCGAGCCGGAGCCGGACGAGGCCGAGGCGAGGCUGAAGAAAUCCAAGCUCAAGAUGCCCAAAUUCAACUUCUCCAAGCAGAAGGGGCGCGGCGGUGGCGGCGGCACCGCGGGCGGCCCCGAGGCCUCGGGCUCGGUGUCCGGCUCCAGGGGCGACCUCAAGAGCUCCAAGGCCAGCCUGGGCCCGGCCGAGGGCGAGGCGGAGGCCGAGGCGCCGGCGGCCAAGGGGAAAUUCUCGCUGUUCCGCAGCAGGAAGCCGCGGCCGCGCUCGUCGUCCUUCGGCGACGAGCCCGCGGCCGAGCCGGACGCCGGCAGGCAGCCCAGGAGCAAAUUCGGGACCUUCGGGGGCAUCGGCUCCAAGGCCAAGGGCUGCUACGAGGUGACGGCCGGCGACGAGGACGGGGCGGCGGCGCCGGCGGCCCCCGAGUCCCGCCUGGGCUCGGCCUCGUCCUCCGAGGGCGUCGCCCGCGCCGGCCUCCGCCUGCCCGGCCUGGAGCUGGCGGUGGCCAAACGCAAGGAGUGA